AUGACUACCGCAUCCGUCUUUCACGGAUACUGGACCUUUGAGAACUAUGGUCCCAUAACAACAACAUUCACCCCCGCGCCCAGCUGUACCGCGACGGAUCGACUCUCCCUCGCCUAUAUCGAUCCUGAUAGGGGAACCGUAGUCGAAUUCCAAGUUGGCUGUCCUACACCAACAAGCGACUGGGAUUGUAUGCCGCCUGGCACCACCACGUCGGCAACUGUCUACGAUGAGAUCAAGUGGGUUGGUUCUGCUGGAUACUACUCCCCAGGAUUGCACUGUCCUUCCGGCUGGGAGACGAUUGGGAUGGCCGCGCGCAAUGAUAAGUCCCUGACUACUUCCGGAUUCUUGACUACAUCGGAGGAUAAGAUUCCGUACUUUGAAGAGCCUGUGACACUUCUGGCGAGUUUGUUAGAGCCGAGUCAGACGCUGGCGCUGUGUUGCCCUAGCGCUAUGACACCAAAUGGUAUCGGUCAAUGUGUCGCUCAAGUCCCAACCUACAAGCCAAGCGCCGCUUGCAAUGUCUAUGUAAGCAGUGACUAUAGUUGGGAUACGGUAACCAGGACGGAGGUGCAUUCCGGCGUCACGGAGACGAACACCUACGAUGUGAACGUAUUUCUGAGCGCGACUACCUCGACUAAGUCUACAUCUAUUCCUCAUGAAUUCCAGGAUUUCUUGACGGCUCUCUCUUCUGCUCCCAUGAUUACUAUGGUCCAUCAUCAGUCUGAUCUGGAGGCAGCUGGGGUUACAGGCGGGUCUGUCAGUGCCGACUCCACUGGGGAUAAGAGUGGAACUGGCACUGCUAGCUCUGAGGCUACGGGAACUGCUGCUUCUUCGUCGAACGUUGCGUAUCGACUUGGUGGCAGAGCAUCUGUCAUGGAUGGAUGUGGUGCGAUUAUUGGGGGUUUCGCUGCUGCGGUGGCACUGGGUGUGACUAUGAUUAUCCUGUAA